ACCACGGCGUUCUGGUCCAGCUUGCAAAGUCAGGCUGGCAUUAUUCCUAUCGCUGAGCCGAUAUCAUGACGGAAGUGGAUAUGAAAGGGUCUCGGGCGGUUAUUGUCUUACCAUGUUGUACAUUGUUCAAGGAGUUCAUUCUUCACGUCUGCUGGCCCUGCAAAAGGGACCGGCUGGCGAGGUGGAUCGCAAAUAGAUCCACAAUACCCGCUCUACUGCAGAGCUAGCGAGCAAUCGAAUUUGAUCUACUCGACUGCAAUAUUCAUCCUGGAGUGCUCUGGCUGACGUGAUCGCGUUGUUUGACAGGCCAGGCAUUUUACGCCCAUUGGCACUGCAUGAGCCUCCGAAGCAGACUCAGGCACGCGAGCAUUACCGAUGUGCGGCGGGUCUGCAUCGCCCUACGGCGAAGGAGCGCAGCUCGGGCGAGUCAAACCUAUUGCCUGGCUUGCUCUCCGUGCUUCCACGUCACGAGGCUUCUAGAAGCCUUCCACACAUGCACGCAACAACUCCACCUCACCGCCGCUCACCCCACCCCACCCACACCAACACCUUACCCGUCCGCAACAAGCUUGUCUUUCAGUCUCCCAGCCCAACGCCCACCCUACGACGCCGCGAGCCCCAGCUUUUCGCGUGGGAUGCUGGCAGCGAGGAGGGAGCGUGUGCUGUUGGUGGCUUCAGGCAGCGCGGGCGGGUCGGCGGGCGUGCUUCCCCAGCGCAGUGCAGUGCAGCGUGGGCUGCGUGCGUGCUGCGCUGUCAGAAAUGUGCAGGUACGGUGCAAACUGUGUGUAUGUGAGAGGGCGCGUGUGUUGGACAGCGUGCGGGGCCGAGAGCUGGGUGUGUGAGCACGGUGCUGGUAUGUGUGUUGAUGUUGCUGUUGGGUUCUACCUCCAUAUGGAAGGAUGGUCGCUCUGUGGGGGAAGCGA